AUGGCGACCGUCAUCGUUCCGGAGGUCGAAUCCCAGUCCGCUAAUUUACGCGCCGAGCUGAAAGAAUGGGAGAGAGCGUUUGCGGACGCAAACGGGGGGAAGAAAGCAGAACGGAAUGAUAUCAAGAAGGUUCCUGAGAUUGCUGCAAAAUACAAAGAAUACUCCCGAUUAAAGGCCCUCGAGUCCAAGAACGAGAAGAAAGCUAUCCGAUUAGAAGAACGUCUGAAGAAGCGGAAGCACUCAUCGCCGACCGGACCUGAAAAUGUGGACACCACAUCGACACCACGCAAAGCCGCCAAAGGGAUAUUCGAAACGCCUUCCAAAUCCCGUGUCGCAACAUCACACCCGUCAGAAGUCGAUCCCUAUGAUUCUCCCUCCGUUUUACGAAGACUCUUCAGCCCCAGCACGCACCAGUCACCCUUGAAAGCAGCCAUCGGUCCCACCCCACAACGAGAUGGAAAGGCAUUAGGUCUGUUUGAUCUGCUCUCCGAGUCUGGCGGCAGCACCGCCACCCCUUCAGCGACUAGGAUGGCAAGUGUACGGGAUACGGCUGCGCAAACUCCCUCAAGGCGGAACCAAUUAGACACCAUCGCAGAGGAAGAGGAAGAAAAUCCUCGACCAGAACGUACGCCCGCAUCAUCUGGGAAAAAAUGGAUGCUUUCGACUCUAUUCGCAACCCCGACUACAUGGCGCUACGCGAUGAUGGAAAAUAAGGGGCACAGGUACCCUGCGUACUUUAAGAAUGAGCCUGAACCUGAGACGGCCAAUGAAGGCCCGAAUGAAUCAGAGACCCCGUCUUUCCUUCGACGAUCCACGUCGGGACGGUAUGACGCCACCAACGCGGGCGGACUGAGCCCCAUUGCUGUUCGGAAGAGGCCCCAGUUUGUGGGAAAAGGUCUUUCAGUUUUGGUGCAAGGGUUACGCGACAUGGAGGAAGAGCAAAUGCAGGAUGAUAUGGAUGUGCUUAAUGAGAUCGAAGCAGAACAAGCGGCACUGAACGACGUGGGCGACAGUCAGGCACCCGACGAGCCGGGCCGGACGUUCAAGAAGAAGGGCCAGAAGCGGACGACGCGCAAGGUGCGCAUGAAGCCAGUGGUUUCGAAACCGAGACCAGAACCUCAAUUACCUGGAUCGGAUGACGAGGGUGAACAUCUGGAGGAACAGGAUGUGGUUCCUGAAACCCAACAUCUUAACGCCCCUGAGGCCGAGGCGGACGAAGUCGAGUCGCUUCAUUCCAUAUCUGAACCGGACUUUGACUCCGACCCCGACUAUGACGAGUCGAAACCUACGAGAAGCAAGAGCUUCUCUGAGAGAAUGAAAGAAGCCAUAGCGGCUGACAAGCCUCAGGAGGAACCUCAGAAGGCGCCGCAACCAAAAGCAAAGGAGCAGGAAAAGAAGCCUCCUGCCCGGAAAGUGAAUCCUGCGGCGCACGCCAAUUACCGUUCGUUGAAAUUGCGGAAUAAAAACACCAAAGGGCGAGGCGGCAGGCGUUUUGGCAGGAGAUAG